GACCCUCACCCCCGGCCCUCUCCAUGGUGACGGCGCACUUCGCACAUGCGUUAAGCCAUAAAACGUUGUCGAAGUCGAAGCUUUUGUCCUGCCUGGUCGUUAUGUGGCCACUAGUCUCCAACUCAUGCCCCGAACCAAGCUGCCUUCCGAAUCCCCCGGUUCUAUUCCCGUCCCCAGUCUGUACACUGUUAGCUCAUAGAUGCAGCGCGGCUAGCUCUGGUCGCUACUGUCUGUGGUGAUCUUUGACUGGCCCUUGGGCUCUCACCGCUGGAAGUCUUCCAAACUGCUGCAUAUCUUCUUACAGGCCAAACAUCGAAGCAACUAGCGAGUCUUUUCUCUACACCUUUCAAUUAUCCAAAGAGCCCUUCCAGUCCCUCUGGGAUCUUUAGUCGCAUUAUCAACAGACAAGCAGUCAUUGUUUUGCAGCUUGGAAAGAUCAGAAGCUUUGAGUCGCAUUGAGUGAAAACCGUUGAUCCGGUUGGACGCUCAAAAAAUCACAGUAUAUUGAUCUCCUUCGCACCGUGGCUGCUCUGGGAAUCAGUGUCCUUCCUGUCCCUCAUAGCGAAUCUCUGAACUUGUCCUAUCAGUACCGUUCGCUCGCUGGCUGUCUAUCGAACCAACAUAUAACCUCCCUCUCUC